CAACAUGAUCACCCGACGUCUGCAGCAUUUGUGUGUCACUCCCAAGCGCAAUCACAUCCACGGCAUCUCAACUGCCAAGGGCUCAGCAUCUUGGCUCCUUGUCCUUCCCAUACUGUGAUCCUCUCGUUCAAGACUGGACAAGAUGUCUAGCAUUUUCAUCCAUGAUUGUCUUCCCAUUAAAGAAGAGAGCAUUCCGCUCGACCUGGCAGAUACUUCCAAACGCUGUUCUGCGACGUUGCCGACACUCGCCUGUCUAAUAUCAACGUAGCACUGUACCCACCGUUGAUACCUUCCUUCCGCGAGCUUCAUGACUGCCACGUUCCCGCAACUGCCGCCUACGGCAUAUUUUCCUCAGUCUUGCAACCAAUCCAACAGCGACAAAUCUAGCAUUUUUUCAUCCAGAGAUACCUCCAAGUCACGCAGUCCGGACAACACACUCUCACAUGAGUACACACCGUUCUUCCCGGCACCAUCUUCCAAAGUAGGUUCACUUACAACGAUCUCGCACUCGAAGAGCCUGUCUCUGGACUCAUGUCCUGCCGUUGGCAUUUCUGCGUCUGAAAAGACCUUCUCCUCUUUGUCUUCCGGUGCUUCAAGUCCCGCAAGUCUCACGUACAGCCCGGCAGUUCAGUCUGCGCUUCGAGAUUCGUGCCAUUCGAGUAUCAGUUCACACUACUCUGCAAUGGCCUCGCCGUAUCCUCUCGGCAACAACCCCCAGACCGAUCCAGAAAAGCGACAAGCUCCGACAAGAAAUAGUAGACUAGCAGCAAGUGACGAGACUGGAACGGGACGUCGGUGCGCAUCAUCAUCAUUAUACGGUCUACCGGAAAGAGAAGAUGACGAAGCAACUUUCAACCUCGAAAACAAGGCCUUGAGCAUAUUGCUUUAUCUUUCUUUCCCAAAUUGCGUUGUAUCCUUCAUCAUCCUCUUAUACACCCUGCUCGCGCUUUUGACAGCAACUCUACUCCAGCCCCUUCGGAUCUGCACAAGCGCCGGCUCGUUCUGGCAACAAGUCGCCGUUUUGCUUGCACCAACUCUCAACAUCCAACUCGCAUAUAUUCAUUCGUCAUACUCUGCAAUUGAAUACAGCGCAUCAAUGCUGGUCAUAGUCAAUCUGCUUUCACCCUUGCUUUCGUUGGGAGUUGCCGGUGCAGCCUGGGUCGCUGCUGCCUUUUGGUUCUUCAAUGCUAUUCUUGGUGAUCCCGACGGCUCGGACAAGCCUAGGGGUUAUAACGACGGUCGAGCAUCUGUAAUAGGUGUACGAAGGUGGUGGGAAACGUGGCUCAGGCGACCACUAAGGCAUUUCCCGAGGUAGUUAACAUUGUCAUCACAAUUUCAUUUUCACUUCCUAGGCUUUUUGUAGAAUUGUAACGCAAAGGCACGUGUAUUGUAUACAUACGGUGUUAUUAUGAUACCAAAGGGGGUUAUGAGCACGUACGGCGCUGGGAACACUGUAUUUUUCAUGUGAUGGGACAGCAAAUCUACUUCAAGAUUUUGGUCAAAACGAGAGCGCAUGCAAAGAGAGAGAGGUAGGUCAACCUGGAUUUGCUUCUGAGAUCCCCAUUUUAUGCAGUUCUCUGAACAGUCUUUGGCUAUAUACCCUGACGAAACUACAAGGCGGCCUGCGCUCAAUGUGCCGUGGUCAAACAAUUGAAUGUCUGCUUUAAA